AUGCUUACGAUCAAAAAUACAAUUUUAGAAAACUUGUACGAGUUAUUGACGCAGGUUCACCUAAAUGUGGACAAUGACAAGCCUACAACCAUUUGUUUUCUUUGCUGUGCAAGACUCAAACGCUGCAGUGGGCUACGGCAACAGGCUAUCAAGUCCAACGAAGUCCUGGAGCAGCUAUUCAGAGGCGGCCUUUCGCUGGCUACAUCCAGCGCUGAGAUAGAGAAGUAUGCCAGAAACAGUCUGCAGGUCACACCAACUAACCAUGUCCAGCUGGAAUCAGUCGUUUGCGAAGAGGCCACUUUGGAAACUAAGAUUGAUAGGCUGGAAUCAUAUAAGGAAGAGAAGGAGACAGAAGAAUAUGGACAUGAUCCAAUAGUGUUUGCCGAUGAUGCCGAAGACUUCGCAACGGACGGGGUUCAAGGACACACCGACUCAGAAGACGACCUCCCGCUGAUCGCUAUCGGCUCUAAAAAAACUUUUACAUUUGAGCCGACACCCGUAGAAAGGAAACGGCGGAAGAAUAAAGCCGAGAGUGAUCUGGUGGUGGACGCCGAGGAGAUCGAGCUGACUCCCGAGGAACAGAAACGCGAACUCCUCGAGAGGGCCAGCUCGGAGAACUACAUCAACUCUCCGUACAAGUGUGACAAGUGCUACAAGGGCUUCGUUCAUCCGCAGGCCUUCAGGAACCACAUGGCGAAGCAUGAUCAGGCGAGCGGUGCGCACGAGUGCGCUAUUUGCGCGCUGCGCUACUCCAGCGCGCGCCAGCUGAGAGCGCACGAGGCGUCUGCGCACGCGCGCAGGUUCGCGUGCGCGCGGUGCCCGCACAGGGCGCACACCAGACAUCAGGCGAAGGACCACGAGAAGUGGCACAACGGGCACACGUAUCCCUGUCAGAUAUGCGGUCAGAAGUUCCAGAAGCCGACCUCGUACCUGACCCACCUGCGGAAGCACCACUCGGAGCAGCCCUGCGCCCGCUGCGGGGAGAGCUUCGUCGGCCGCCACGGGCUGCUCAUGCACCGCAGCAAGGCGCACCGGAAGCCGGACAUCGAUAUCCCGGCAGAUGAGGCGUCCGAGUCAUUCUGCGCCGAGUGCAACGUCCAGUUCCUGAGCCGCGACGCGUGGAAGAGGCACCAGCUCACCUCCUUCAAGCACACCUCCAGGAACGAGAGCAGCUCGGAGUGCACGAUCUGCGGCGAGCAAGUGACCGCGCUGAGCCGGGCCGCCCACUUGCGCGCCCACCUGCGCGAGCUGCGGCCGCCGCCCGGCGCCCAGGACGCGCCCACGCCCACGCCCACGCUGCCGUGCCCGCAGUGCGACGGCCAGUUCGUGACCCGCUCCCGCCUGCAGGCGCACGUGAAGAGAGUCCACCUCGGCCUGAAGUACGACAGGAACGUGGUAUGCGAGCUGUGUGGAAAGAAGUGCACGUCGGCGGCGGCGCUGCGCUACCACCAGCGGCGGCACACGGGCGAGCGGCCGUUCGCGUGCAACGCCUGCCACAAGCGGUUCGCCGAGCGCGGGCUGCUGCGCGUGCACGCGCGCACCCACUCGGGCGAGCGGCCGUACGCGUGCCACGCCUGCCACAAGCGCUUCGCCCAGAAGCCCGCCCUCAACAGGCACUACCGGGUCCACUCGGGCGCCAGGCCGUACUCCUGCGCGCAAUGCUCCAAGUGCUUCAGCCAGUCCAACUCGCUGAAGGUGCACAUCCGCUCCGUACACCUCAAGCUGCCCCACCCGAGGAGGCAGAAGGGCGAAGAAAAGGAA